AUGGUUUCUUCCAAGUCGGUCGCUCUGUUCGGCAGCAUGCUGCUGGGCAACGUCAUGGGCGCUGAUAACAUGGGGCCGGCUGCUUUCCUCUGGCCCCCUGACCGUGAGUGGAACGCCGAUGCCGACAACACGGCGCCCUGCGGAUCCACCGCCGGUGUUGGCACCCGCACCGAGUUCCCUCUGGUCAACGGCAAGCUCGCUCUUGUCACCCAGGACCAGACUCGUGCCGUCCACCUGAGUGUCUCCUACGAGAACGAUCCAAAGUCCGUCUCCGACUUCGAGACCUUCCUCGGCCCCAGCGAAGUCGGCAGCCUCGACCUCGGCCACACCUGCGUCACCGUCCCCUCCGCCCCUUCGGGCGUCGCCGCCGGUUCCAACGCCACCUACCGCAUGCUCUACGUCUCCAACUUCGACCAGGACGAGUCCAAGCGCGAGACCUUCUACGCCUGCGCCGACGUCACCUUCGUCGACGUCUUCACCAUGUCCAUCCCCUGCUUCAACGCCACCGUCUCCGACCCCGAGGUCGAGUCGGACCCCAGCGUCAACGUCACCACCACCGACUCCGGCGGCAACACUCCCCACACCGCCGCCGACUUCACCGCCGCCGACAACAAGUCCUCCGGUCUUUCCCGCGGUGCCAUCGCCGGCGCCGUCGUUGGUUCCAUCGCUGGUGUCUCCAUGCUCGGUCUCGUCGCUUUCUUCCUGUGGCGCCGCAAGUCUGCCAAGAAGACCGUCACCGAGCCCAUGCAGCAGCGCUGGGAUGCCGAGAAGGCCGUCAGCGAGACGUCUUCUCAGCACACCGGUCGCAACUGA